UCUCUCUCACACCGAGACUUCAUCAGAGGAAAAAUGGGACACAAUUGACCAGACUGAGACGCAUCGACAGCAUUUUAACAUGAUUUUUUAGACACCUCUCAGGAUAUACACCUACACAGUGGGCAGGCUAUUGUUUUUCUGUGCUUACCCAAAAAUCCUCCUCACACUCCGGAUGAUCUUUGACGGGCCCUGCGAUGAUCUCCAGUCUCUAAUUCUGUUUCAGAAAUGCUGUUUUUUCACCAGUUCACCUGUCGUUUGGAGCCGUCGGCCACAUGUGGAUUGUUGCCCUGUGGAACACAAGAAGAAGAGCUGCAUUUAACCUCACGGAUGGUGAUGUAAUUCUUCCCAUUCAUUUGGAUACAUUUGGAUACAUUGGAUCUUACCCAAGCACGUUGGAGAAAGACAACAAGCAGAGUAUAUUUGUCCCACACACACAGUGGGCUGCUGGGAAGAAGAAGUCCAGACGAUGCUUCAGUGUUCCAGCUGUGAGAAGCCUAUCCUCGAUAGGUUCCUGCUCAAAGUUUUGGACAGACCGUGGCACAUCAAAUGUGUCCAGUGCUGCGAAUGCAAAUGCACUUUGACCGAGAAGUGUUUCUCACGAGAAGGGAAACUGUAUUGUAAGAACGACUUCUUUAGGACAUUUGGGACCAAGUGUGACGGUUGCGCCCAGGGGAUUUUACCCAGUGAUCUGGUCCGCAGGGCCAAGAGCAAAGUGUUUCACCUGAACUGUUUCACCUGUGUGAUGUGUAACAAGCAGCUGUCCACCGGAGAGGAACUGUACAUCCUGGACGAAUUCAAGUUCGUCUGUAAGGAGGACUAUCAAAACAACAAUGGGAAAGACACCAUCCUCCUUGCAGUCACGACGUGCAGUGACCCGAGUCUGUCUCCAGACUCUCAGGACCCGCAGGACGACGGCAAGGACUCUGAAACAGGACAUUUAUCCGAUAAAGACAACAACAACGAGAACGAGGAGACGACCGCCGUCGGGAAGCGACGCGGGCCUCGGACCACCAUCAAAGCCAAACAGCUGGAGGUCCUGAAGGCGGCUUUCGCGGCCACGCCGAAACCCACCAGACACAUCCGGGAGCAGCUGUCGAGGGAGACCGGCCUCACCAUGAGAGUCAUCCAGGUUUGGUUCCAAAAUCGGAGGUCCAAAGAGAGACGCAUGAAGCAGCUGAGCUCUCUGGGCGGCCGGAGACACGUGUUCUUCCGCGGCCAGAGGAGGAUGAGGGCGCUGGGAGAGAGGCUGGAAGCAGAGGAGCUGGGACACUUCUCUUAUUAUGGAGAUUAUCCCAGUGAAUACUAUAGCUCAGGAGGGAACUAUGAGUACUACCAAGGCCCACCCUCAUCCCAUGGCCAGACUCCAGCAGACCUGGGUUUCGUGCCCUCCUCCAUCCCUGCUGGCACCCCAUUGGGAGCACUAGACCACCACCAUCCAGGGCAUCACUGUCCAGGAGAGGUGCACUGUUUCUCUGACACAGUAUCUCACCAUCCCGCGGACUCACCCAGUCCGGAGCCCAACAUGCCGGGCUCAAUGCACAGCAUCUCCAGUGAGAUGUGUGGCCCCAGCACGCCCUACACGACUGUGUCCCUCAGUGACAACGGAUACACCAACCAGCUGUCACAACCAUCCUCAGAAAUGAGUGAAGGCACUGUGUGGUAAUCCAGCCCACACCCAACCACAAGGCACACUUUUUGAUUUUGAAGGCAAAAUCAAUGCUUUUUUGUUUGUUUGUUUAUUUAAAUGUAUAUUUAUUUAUUUAUUUAUUUAUCUAUUUGUGUAUGUAUUUAUUUAUUUAUUUGCUUGCAUUUCUGUUAAGCUCUAUUUAUAAAUCUCUAUAUUUGUAUGUCAGUAUAAUUGUUUAUUGACUAGUCAAUCAAUAGAUUGUUUUGGACUCAUUACUACAUUCACAAUGCUGGGCCUCAUUGAUCAAGCAAUAAACCAACACAUUUAUAUGCUGCAGAAAGUGUUUUUUUUAAUGUUUACAAAACCAUUUUCUGCCACAUAUUGUCCUUAAAAUGGUAAUGUGAAAGUGCAUGACAGCAUUUUCUUAUCACCUUUCAUCCAUGGAGUUCACGUGUAAUACAAGAUUUUAUCAUUUAAUAACAGAAUAUGAUUGUGAUGUUCAAUACAUUUGACCAAAUACCUCUCUCAGGACCGUGGGAACAUUGUUUUUGUUUGUCUUUAUUUGUCAGGCAUUUCCUUUUUUUAAUUUAUUUCAUUGCCGACACAUAUUUGCCUUCAAAAGGAUAUCUUUAUAAAUUUUAUAUGUAACAAAAAAUGAUUUGACUUUAGUCCAAUGUUAUAUAUAGAAAUGAUGGACAACUGUACAGAGCAGUCAACUGUUUACCUAAAGCUCCAGUGUUCAGGGGUUUGAAUAUCAGCAUUGUAUAAAACCGAUGGACGGACCGUUUAUUGCAAACAAACCAAACUUUUGUAGCCCUUCUAUUAAUGUGGUCACUCACUGUGCUAUAGUUUGUACUAUGUCCUCAUUUAAAAAAACAAAAAACAACAGAAAACACUAAUAAACCGUUGCCAAAUUGAAUGCACAGCAAAAUCCUGCAGCUUUUAGUUGUGAGACGUAGCGUUUCUUCACUUUCUCUUUUAAUUAUUUGAGUCAUUUUGCAGCUCAGUUAUAGCCGGACAGCCGAGACUCAGACUGGUUUUGUCUUAAUGGAUCAAAAUGUCAAAUUAUUCCCAUUAAUGGUCUCAUACACUGCCAGCAGCAGAAGCAAUGUUGUUUUUAUGAGACAUACUUGAUUGUUCCAAUUAAGUUUAUGAGGCCGAUGUUUACGACCAUUCACUGUAUAAUAAAACACAGAUUGAUCAUUUUUUAUUUGUUAAUUA